AUGUUCGAAAAAAUUCCUCAAAAUCAAAUUAAAUUUCAAGUUCUUACUUAUGCAGCAGUUAAAGCAAAGAAAAAUGAAAUCAUUAAAUUCUUAUUGAAUCACGGAUGUCCACCUAAUGUGGGAAUCCAAGAUGCAAUUCGCAAUUUCCUUAAUAGGAACAAAGAAAGGCCAAGUUUAUUGACAUAUUCAUUUCAUUCAGAUGACAUUGAAUUAUUCAAUAUGUUGAUGGACAAAGGAAUGUCUAUCGAUAUGGAAAACGCAUGCAAUCUUCGGGCAAUGAGGAAUUUAUCAUCUGAUAAUUUCAAAACAGUCAUUUCAAAAAUUGGAAAUCUUUCUAAUAUUUCGAUUAUUACUAUUAUGGAUUAUUUAAAAACAGAUCAAAUCAUUUUAAUGAUUGAAUCUGGUGCUAGAAUUAAUGAAACUGUCAUACAUAGUGAUAAUACAGAGGAUUCAAUAUUAAGCUUCGCUAUUUCAAAUAAUAAUGUAAGACUUGCGAAAUACUUACUUCAAAAAGGUGCAUCAGUGAAUAUAAGAUGCAGAGAACAUAUGUUCAUAAAAGCAUUUGGAACAAAUGAUUUUGAAUUAAUUAAAAUGAUUGGUGAUAAGUUCAAAAAUAUUAAUAUUAAUAUUUCAGAACAGGAAUCAUUGAUUUUAUCUGCAAUUGAAUCUAACAAUAUCAAGUUAUUUGUGUAUUUAAUCCAGAACUUUGAAUUUAAUCAAAAAGUAAUUGAAAUAACAAUCGAAAAAUCAAUCUCUAAAACAAAAAACUCAGAGAUUUUCGAAUUAUUGUUCAGCAAAUUAGAAAAUGUGAAUUUCAGAACAUAA